AACUUAUUGAAAAGUAGCGUGAAUUAUUUAGAAAUUGUAAUUCGGUUUUAGGCUUGACUAACUUUGGAACAAACACUUUUACAAUUCCCAAUUUUAUUGUCACUUAGAAAUUAGUUUAAGAUUAAGUAAGAUGCCAACUGCACACAGAAAAUUAUUUGUUUUAAUUUUGCUGCCUUUUGUUUUAUGUGAGGAACAAUGUAGUUUGGAAGAUACAAUUUGUAAAAAUUCUGAAAAUGUACAUGUUUACAAGAAGUCUCCAGGUUGGCGCCACUGGCCCGUUGUGUUUAUCUCUGUGUUAAUCUUUCCCGAGUUCCAGAGAGAACAUGUCAGAUUUUUUAGUGCCAUAACAAGACUGAUGGUGGAGGGAUGUGUUAUUUGUAAAUAAUUUACGUUAAAUUGUUUUGUGUUUUAUAAUUUUAUGUAAUCAUGAAGGUAUUUUGUGUGAUAGUAUUCGUGUUUUCUUUUGUUUUCGUUGCCAACACCGAAAAAGAUGAUGAAAUUCUAGUUUUUACUGUAGCGACAGAGGAAACAGACGGUUUUCAGAGAUACCUAGAAAGCGCGGAGUUCUACGAUAUAAAACCGAUCGUCCUCGGUUACGGGGCGGAGUGGAGAGGGGGAAACAUAAAGAAGGGACCGGGGGGCGGUUUCAAAAUAAACCUCCUCAAAAAGGCUAUCGAGCCUCACAAGAACGACGCGAGCAAAAUAAUUUUAUUCACGGACGGGUUCGAUGUCGUUUUCGUGGAUAAACUCCAGGAAGUGCUGGAGAGAUUCCGGAAGUUCGAGGCGAAAAUUUUGUUCGGCGCGGAGAAGUUCGCUUGGCCGGAUCCGCUUCUGGCGGAACAGUACCCGGAAGUUACCGAGGGGAAGAGGUUCUUGAAUUCCGGCGCUUACAUCGGGUAUGCACCGGAAGUCUACGAGCUCUUGACCCGGGAGGAAAUCCAGGACGACGGCGACGAUCAGUUGUUUUUCACCAAGGCCUACUUGGAUGAGGAGUUCAGGCAGAAACAUCAGUUUAAGUUGGACCACAAAAGCGAAAUUAUCCAGAAUAUUAACGGAGCGGCAACUGAACUGGAGGUCAAAGUAAUUGAAGAUAAGGAAGCCAACACUGAAAUCUACAAAAUAAGGAACACCCUAUUCUACACUGACCCUCUAAUUUUACACGGUAAUGGGGCUGCUAAACAAUCGUUAAACUACAUAUCAAACUACGUGCCGAACUCGUGGAACUCCAUUGAAGGUUGCAUAACCUGCCUGAAAAAUCAAGUUUCCCUUAAAGAAAUAGAUGACGAAAAAUUACCGCUUGUUAUGAUUGGUAUUUUCGUUGAAAUUCCCACGCCGUUUUUGGAGGAAAUGCUCGAAAAAGUUUAUAACCUGGAGUAUCCUAAAAAUAGGAUACACUUGUUUGUGCAUAAUGCUGUUCAGUAUCACAGUGAUGUUGUUAGCAAAUUUAUCGAAGAACAAGGUGUAGACUAUUUGUCGGUUAAACAAAUUAAACCCUCUGAUGGUACUACAGAACAUGCAGCCAGAGACCUAUCUUUGGAUUACUGCCUGGUGAAAAAAUGCGACAGCUACCUUUCCCUGGACUCCAUAGCCCACCUGGACAACCCGCAAACCUUAAAACUACUCAUCGAACAAAACCGAACCAUCGUGGCCCCCAUGUUGACCAGACCCGGGCGCGCUUGGAGCAACUUUUGGGGCUCUUUGACAGCCGAAGGCUACUACGCGAGAUCGAACGACUACAUGAACAUCGUGUGGAAUGAAAAACGCGGUCUUUGGAAUGUCCCCUUCGUCACUAACGCCUAUCUACUCAACGCCACCCUACUCAACAAAUAUGACAGAUCGCAAAUAAACUACAAAAACGGCCUACUGGAUGCCGAUAUGUCUUUCUGCGCGAAUCUCAGGAAUCUCGACGUGUUUAUUUACGUCUCGAAUCGCGUUGACUUCGGACACCUAGUGAACCCGGAGACGUACGACCUCACGCUCGCAGAACCCGACAUGUACCAGAUUUUCGAGAACGAAAAGGAGUGGGAGGAAAGAUACAUACACGAAGAUUACCCGGGUAAUUUCGAUCCGGAAAACGCCCCCAAACAGCCCUGCCCGGACGUGUACUGGUUCCCCGUGGUGUCCAGAAAGUUCACCAGCAGUCUCAUAAACAUGAUGGAAACGUUCGGGAAGUGGUCGACGGGCAAGAACGACGACGAUCGUUUGGAGGGCGGGUACGAGGCGGUGCCCACGCGCGACAUCCACAUGAAUCAGGUGGGCUGGGAGAGGCACUGGCUGCACUUUCUGCAGAAGUACGUGCGCCCUCUUCAGGAGCUGGUUUUCAUCGGGUACUACCACGACCCGCCGAAAUCGCUGAUGAACUUCGUGGUCAGGUACAAGCCGGACGAGCAACCUUCGCUGAGGCCGCACCACGACAGUUCCACGUACACGAUCAACGUGGCUUUGAACCAGGUGGGGGAGGAUUACGUGGGGGGCGGUUGCAGGUUCAUCAGGUACAACUGCAGCGUGGUGGAUACGAAACCUGGUUGGAUUCUGAUGCACCCCGGCAGGUUGACGCACUUCCAUGAAGGUCUCAGAGUGACCAGCGGCACCAGGUACAUCAUGAUUUCCUUCAUCGAUCCAUGAUUUGCUUCCACGGUAUUUUUGCCUAUUAUUAACUGAUUUGGAUCUGAUUAGUGCGUUAACUUUCCACUUAAUUAACUGUGCAAUCCCUGUAAAUAAUAGUUUUUCUAUAUGUGUUCUAAUAAACGAUUUUUUACUAA